UAUAAUCUUGCCAGAAAAGGAAUGUUAUGAUUUGACGGAAACCAUCACAAACAAAAACAAAAGAAUUGAAGAAUUAGAACAAGAAAUCAAUGACAUUAAAUUGCGAUUAGAAAAUGCUCAGCGGCAAAUCACAAACCUUACAAAGAAAUAAUUUGUGCUCGAGAACUUGAAAGCUAAGAAAAAUACAGCAGCUUUUUACACUGGUUUUAAUAACUGGGAUGCUUUUGAGGCGGUGUAUAAUUAUCUUGAUCCCGGAGAACGAGGAGGAAACAUUGCUUACUGGCGUUCUGGAAAUGGUGAGGUCCCUGUUGAUUAUGACCAGGAUCAGUCAGAGGACUCUUUCACGAAAAAAGGAAGAGCUAGGUCUUUGAGGCCAAUGGACGAAUUAUUUUCUUGUAAUGUGCAGACUAAGACAAGGGUUUCAUGAAGAUCAUCUUGCUCACUUGUUCAACGUGUCAACACCGACUGUAAGUCGGAUAGUCAUAAUAUGGAUCAAUUUCAUGUACUUUAAGUUUGGUCACAUUAACAUUUGGCCUUCAAGGGAAGUGAUAGACGGAACAAUGCCUGAAGCAUUCAAGAAUAAAUAUGGGAGUACGCGUGUGAUAAUUGAUUGUACGGAAGUAAGAUGCCAGAUGCCAAGUAGCUUACAAUUGAAUGAAGCGCUCUUCAGCAGCUACAAACAUCACACCACACUUAAGGGUUUGGUGGGGAUUUCUCCUGGAGGAGCAAUUACAUUCAUCAGCCAAUUAUAUACUGGAAGCAUCUCUGACAGAGAGAUUGUUAGAAGAAGUGGCCUUUUAGAUCUACCCUUCAAGGACAAAGACUCCAUAAUGGCAGAUAAAGGUUUCACUAUUUCAGAUUUGUUGCCUUUGGGAGUUUCACUCAACCUUCCACCUUUCUUGGGAGGAUCAAAUCAAAUGCCAGCAGAAGAUGUGGUACAGACCCAAGAAAUUGCUAGUCUCAGAAUUCAUAUUGAACGGGCAAUCAACAAGAUAAAAAACUUUCACAUCUGGGACAGAGUAGUACCCCUUCACCUAAUAGGUGUUGUAAACCAAAUGUGGGCAGUGUGUGCCUUCUUGUGUAAUGCACAACCCAACAUAAUAUCAGUGUGAUGAAAUGGUACACUAAAAUUGGUAAUUAUUUUGUGUAUAUAAAGGUGAUAGAAAUUACA